AUGGUCCAGCUCUCCUUUUUGUCGCUCGUUCUCGCGGCCACCUCGGCCGUCGCUCUCGAGCUCUUCGUCCCCGAACCAUGCACGUUCACGGCUACACCAACGCCGACGACUUCGAUCCCCGUCGGCAAGCGCGAUCCAAAGGGGCUCGAUGCCCUCGCCCAGCGCAAGAGGCGUUACUUUGGUGUAGCGUUUGACGUGAACCGCAUGAGCGACGCUGCAUAUACCCAGCUCAUUCUCGCUCAGUUUGGUCAAAUAACCGCCGAGAAUUCGCUCAAAUGGGAGACUACUGAGCCUUCGAGGGGCGUCUUCAACUUUACCAACGGUGAUAUUGUUGUCAAGACGGCCCAGAGGAACAAAAUGUCUUGUCAGUCGAUUGCCCCUCUCCGAGCCCACACACUCGUCUGGCACUCGCAGCUGCCGUCAUGGGUCGGAAACGGCAACUUUACCAAAAAAGAGCUCAUCUCCGUGAUGAAGAACCACAUUAACAACGUUGCCGGUCAUUACCGUGGAGUCCCAUAUGCCUGGGAUGUCGUCAACGAGGCCUUCAAUGAAGAUGGUUCGUUCAGGCAAACAGUCUUCUACUCCACCAUUGGUGAAGAGUACAUUGAUAUUGCCUUCAAGCAAGCGCGUCUCGUCGACCCAAAGGCCUUGCUGGCUAUCAACGAUUACAAUAUCGACGGCCAGGGACCAAAAUCAACGGCAGUGAUCAACCUCGUUAAGAAUGCUCGCAAACGAGGCGUUCCAAUUGACCAGAUUGGCGCUCAAGCUCACUUGGUCGUUGGCACUCUCCCAACCACCAUUCGCGAGAACUGGCAAGCUAUGGCCAACCUUGGCGUCUGGGUUGCCGUUACCGAGCUCGACAUCCGCAUGCCCACGCCCGCCAACGCUACCUCGCUCGCACAGCAGGCUGCUGAUUACAAGACGGUCGUCAAUGCAUGCCUUGCUGUCAGCCGCUGCGUCGGUGUCACCGUUUGGGGUGCUAGUGACAAAUACUCUUGGGUCCCAGAGGUCUUUUCGGGUGAAGGUGCACCCCUUCCUUACGACGACAACUUGGCUCCAAAGCCUGCGUACAACGCCAUUGUUCAAGCGCUCAAGGCAUAA